AUGCCUUUAUCAGCUGAACCACUAAUCCAACGUACAUUAAAGGCACUUACUGGUGAACCGAAUUCAUUAAAUCCUAAUGCAUUCACUGAAAUUGAGGCACAUAUUGUUAACAUUCUCUCAGGUCCCGAUUGUUUUGGUGCAUUUAAACGUAGUAGUCAAUAUAUUCAUCUUUUGGCUGAGUUAGAUUUACUCAAGGAACCAUUAGAACAAUCUUCAUCGUCUAAUUUUAUAUCUGUCCCUUCCAUUUCAAAUGAUACAUUACCUCAAAGUCAAUCUCAAUCAUUAUCUCAACCUGACAAAAUGACUGUUUCAAGCGAUUCUGUAAUUCACAAUGCUUCUUCCUUAUCUCAAAUGUCAUGUUCUGCGAAUUCUGUUGAAGAUUGUACAGAUUGGAAAUGUAUAGAAAAUGACUGUUCUAAAGAAACGAAACAAUCAGGGCUGCCAAGAUUAUCGGAACCUCCUAUCAUUUCAACAACAAAUACUGGAUGUGGGGUUUUUGAUGAUGCUUACACAGCUGUCAUAACUCGGGCAGAAAUAAUGCAUGAUUCUUAUGUAAUUUAUACUAUAAAAGUUACACGUACUAUACUAUCUAAUGGUCAGUCAGAAUGUUGGAAUACUUUACGUCGUUUCAGACAUUUUGUUGAACUGCACUCGUUUCUUACAAAUAGAUGUGGUCGUAUCACUGAACUCAAAUUACCAUCGAAAAUUGCAUUUAAUAACAUGAGCCCUGAAUUUUUAGCACAACGUCGACGUGGACUUAAUGUUUAUUUGAAUACAUUAUGUAGCAGUGAAUUUCAGAAUAAUCAUCCAGGUAGUCGUCCUUUGUGCGUUGAAUUUCUACAGCCUGAUAGCUGGGAAAGAGGUCAUGUUGAAGCACGUAUUGUCUCUGCAAUUUUAACACCUUUUCGUACAGUUAGCAAUGCUAUGAUGUCUGUUCCAGAUACAUUAGCUGAUGGUUUAAAUAAGAUAUUCGCAAAUAAAAAUUUUCCAACAUCUAAUUCACCUAUUCUUUCUCGUAAUGAUGAAAUGAUGAAAAAAUCCAGUGAAUUUGAAUUACAAGAAUCAUUGGAUAUGUCAUUAGAAUCAUCAAAGAGUUCUGAUUCAUAUGAUUAUAAUGUUCGAGAUGAAACACCAAUUCGAAUUUUAUUCUUAUUAGUUGAUGAAAUAUUUGAUUUACAUAGAGAAAGUCAAUUUACUAGACAAGGAAAUUUCGCUAUUUUACGCAAAAUAUUCCAAACAUUUUUUGGUAUUCGAGUCAAUAAAAUGAUCAUUGCUAAAGCUUGUGAAUGGACAAGUGCACCAAAAAUCACUCAACUGAUUACUUAUUUACGUGAUUAUUUUUGGCCUCCCAAAAAUAAAUCAUUAAAUUCUACAGCUUUAACUGAACGUGACAAAGAGAUGAAAUUACGUACUCGUGUUCUUUGUAGAACUGUACUACUGGGAGUGUUUCUGAGGAAUUUGCACAAUUUCUUGGAAGAACGUUUCAAUCGUAGAUUCGUACAUACAGUAUUAGAAGCAUUUCUUUGUCAAUUAUUUCAACCAUAUCAUGCACAUUGGGAAGCUAUUUAUGAAAAAGAUUUAUGCCCAUUAAAAUGUGGACGAAUAUGUCGUUUGCAUAAAUCAUCUGUUUAG